CAGAGCUUCCCACCGGUAGGUGUCAGUCACGCUCCGGUUAACUGUCUAGUACAUCUUUAUACCAACGAAGAAGAAAUAUGUCCGUCCCACUAGACCUCCUUGCAAGGUGUCUGGACCACCGCCUUCGAGGCAAGACAUCCCCUCCCUAGCCCUGGAUAAACUUCUCCCACCUUUAGUAGCCCCUUUUCUCAACCAUGGCGACGAGUGCGAAGCGAAAACAAGAGGAGACGCAUCUUAAGAUGCUUCGGGAAAUGACUAGCCAGCCCCCGAAUAGGAAGUGCUUUGAUUGCGACCAGCGCGGCCCGACUUAUGCCAACAUGACAGUGGGUUCCUUCGUCUGCACCACCUGUUCUGGCAUCCUACGAGGCUUGAAUCCCCCCCACAGAGUGAAGUCCAUCUCUAUGACCACCUUCACACUACAGGAAAUUGAAUUCUUACAGAAACACACCAACGAGGUUUGUAAAUACAUCUGGUUGGGGCUGUACGAUGACAGGACAUUGGUUGUUCCAGACUUCCGCGAACAACAGAAAGUAAAAGAAUUCCUCCAGGAAAAAUAUGAGAAGAAAAGAUGGUACGUCCCUCCAGACCAGGCGAGGACAGUAGCCUUGUCCCAGGCCUCCAAGUCGGGCUCCUCAGCCAGCAGCACAGCCAGCACCUCUGAAGUCCAGCCCUUGAAAACCCUGCAGCUCAACAAGACCCCCCCAGCACAUCAGUCCCCGAUGGUGGUUCGCUCCCUGGCCCAUCCCGUAGUUCAGGAGAAGAAGUUUGACCUCCUCUCGGACCUGGGUGGAGACAUCUUUGCCGCUCCGCCCUCUCAGGCUGCCAGCAACGCCAACUUUGCCAACUUUGCAAAUUUCCCCAGCCAAUCAGCGACCCAGGUUAACUCAAAAGCUAACUUUGCCAACUUUGAGGCGUUUGGCAACUCUGGAGUACCGCCGCAUUUCAGGACCUCACCCCCCUCACAGUCGUUUGCGUCAGGGCGAGGUGUCCCAGUGCCGUCGGUGGCUGGUGCUGUACCAGCCCAGUCCCAGCUGGGUCCCUCGGCAGAGGACCGCUACGCCGCUCUGGCUGAGCUGGACAACGAGCUGAGCUCCUCGGCCCCUACAGGGAGCAGUGUCCAGGGUGAAUCUAGGAAUAUGUUUGGAGCUGUGUUGGGAACCUCGCCUGCCCAGACUCAGCCAGUCUUACCCAGCAUGCAUGUGCAGCAAGGCUUUGCAGCUGUCCCGUCCAAUAACCCAUUUGUUGCUGCUGCCCCCGAUAUGGCCACCAACCCCUUCCAGACCAAUGGUAUAGCACCGGCUGCAGCCUCCUUUGCCACAGGUUCUAUGAGUUUGCCUGCUGGCUUUGGGAAGCCCUCCUCCUACUGCCUCCCGACCAGUUUCAGUGGGACCUUCCAGCAGCCCUUCCCUGGCCAAGCCCCCUUCCCUUACCCCCAGCCAGGGGCCUACCACCCCCAGCAACCCAAUGGCCUUGGUGUCUACGGACAGACCAAGGCCUCCAUGACCCCCUUUGGGCAGCCCGUGGCUGGGCCGGGGAUGACCAAUAACCCAUUUAUGGCGGGCGCCCCGGCAGGAUCCUACCCCUCUGGAAGCUCCACCACCAACCCCUUCCUUUAGCGCGCCUCCCUCCCUCCCCGUCGUCACCACAAGAGGGCAGCAUGCAGCACCUAUUCAAUGACCGGCUCAGUCACACCCAGUGAUGUGACAGUACAUUUCUGAAACUCUGAAUUCAAGAUUUUCUUAACUAUGUUUAUGACACUAUGAAGGACUAUGGGAUCUGGGACUGCCCUGGAACGAUGCCAUUGGACUUAUAAGUUCUUUAUACAUAAUAUUUUGUAGUUUAUUAUGUUUGGCAAUAAGCUCUUUUAUUGUGCAUAUCGGCAUUUGUAAUCACGUUUAAAAUACAUGUUAUGUAUAAUUAGGACUUGACGUGGGCGGGCAACAUUGUGGAGGUGCCACUACAAUGUUUCUACCAGUGGGUUUAUAUGAUAACUAACAGGGUUGUUUGUAUACAACAAGUCUUGGAGUGAACUGAGGUGACGUGAAGAUUUUCGCAUCGAGGACGAUGAUUAGAUGUUGGUGAAGAAUCAGGCUGGCAGAGGCGUUAUUCACCUAAUUGCAUUUGAGGGGGCACCGAUGGUCAUGUUUAGUAUCAUUUAAUGAAUUCUGUGUAAAAGAAACAAUGUAUUGUGUAGCGGUUUCAAUGGGCGUGACGCCUCUGCCUGCAGUUAUGGUGUCCAGGAAAGGGACUUUUAUUUGGUGCAUGAUUAAUACUGCUAUUACUUGGGGUGCAACCUGGAGUCCGUUCAGCAGGGCACAACGUUGUGGAACAUUUCGAUAGAAAUAUGUUGUGUAGAACAAAAAUGUGUCUUUUGAAGGGAAUCAUAUUGACUCUUUUUUCAUUCAAUUUCUAUCUACAACAUUUGUCUACGGAACAUUUGCCCUGUUCUUAUUGAGCUCAAAACACCAUAGUGCUAUCCCAAAAAAUACCCAAAUAUCGUUUUUUGAGUGGAGUUUCCCUUUAAGGUUCCAAUGCUCUUAAGGAGCCCUCCCUGUGUUGCUUAACGGUUUACAAAACAGUAGAAUAAUCUUGAAUACAACUGUUUUUUUGUUGUUGUUUUUUUUACUUGUUGCUAGGAGGAAGUCCCAAGUGUAACAACAGCCCAAACACACGAACGUUGGAUAGGUAAGAGGCUGUUUGAAAAGGAACAGCUAAUACCUGCUGUAAAAACACAAUACCCCAGACUCCAGCAGCAGCAGUUUGUAUGACAGGCAGGUGUCUACUGCAGAAUAGAGAUUAAAGGGAAUAUCCACUCAAUAAUGACCUUUCUGUAUUUUUUUUCCCAUUAAGGUUCUAAUGCUCUAAGGAGCCCUCCCCAUGUAACCCGACCCGCAGGUGCAGGGCCGUAGCCAGGUUCUGAGUUAAAGUGGGGUCUCUCCCCCCCCAAACAAAUCCAAGAUUUUACCCCAUCAAAGAAAUGUUAAGGAAGUAAAGGUCAUUUACUGCAUUUAUACGAUUUACAAACUCUAAAAUGCUAUUUGGAGAACAGCAAAAACAAGCAUAAAUGACCCCAGCCAUUAUCACAUUAGUGGCCGUAGCUUCAUUCACUUCAGUCGACAAAUUUAGUUUAUUAACAAAAGGUAAACAACUAUGUUUGCUUUACAUAACUUUUUUUGUUGUUUCAGUUUUACAGCUAAUAUCCUGCCAUUCUACACACUUUGCCAUAGGGUGGGAAUACAUUCUUUGCCAUUUUAAAAGCUAAUUCCCUGCAAUUCUACACAUUUUGCCAUGACUUAUGCCAUGUUAAUAAGACACGUGACCUGCGUGCCCGGUUGGUAAUUCGGCCAUGAUUACUACAAGUUUAGAUAGCUGGCUAGACUAACUAGACCCAUUUACCAAUCUAAAAAAUAUUAACUGACAUGGGCAGUGAUUGUCAGUGAGUGACAUUUUUUUUUAUCAUUUAGCAGACACUCUUAUCCAGAGCGACUUACAGUUAGUGAGUGCAUACAUUUUUCAUACUGAUGCACAACCAAGUUUUUUUAAAUUGCACCUUGUGUAUUUUACUAUUCUAACUCUCAACAGUAAGUGGAGACCUCGACUCAGUUCCUAAUUAAUUUUGUUAAUGUUACAUUUUAUUUUUAUUAGAAAAAAUUACCGAGGUCCGGAAUGUAGUUCCCCAGUGUCCGGACCUUGGUGUCCUCAUAUGUAGCUACGGCCCUGCGCAGAUUUGUAAAAACACCUGAGAAGUUUGUUUUUAUUUGGAGCGAUGGUUAAAUUGUGCCCCCCAUCACUUUUAAUUAAUGUAAUCGUGUUACUCGCCAUUACAGUAAUAUGUUAGUCAAUGUGUACAUAUAAAUAUAUGUAUAAAUAUAUUAAAGAUUUUUAACUACA